CGAAGGCCCCUAUUCGCUGAACUCAUUCACCACGCCUCUAGGCUACCGUCAAGCCGCAACAAGCGUGAGCUGGACUCCCCCUAUUUCAAUACUAUUCGCUGUACUCAUCUGACCCAUUAUAGUAAUGUCGACCGUAGCAACGUUGCAUGCGAAAGAGCUUCAAGAGAGCGGUUGCGAUCUGCAGAACUGGAUGUUCAAUCCUCAACCCCUCAUGCUUGCAAGUGAUGACUGGCAAGCCUUCUAUGAAGAUGCUCUGACUCAACCUUUGAGCGCGAAGUUCACUUUUCCAUCUACGAGGGCAAACAAAUAUCAACCGAGAUCUUUUUAUAAUGAUCUGUGCGAUCGGAUGUGGAGGCAAUGCAUGGGAAUCAAUAAUCAUGUCGUUAUCAACGGCCAACCAGGUAUCGGCAAAACUGUAUCACUGUGGUACCUCAUGCGGGCGAUUUUGCGCAACAACAACACGAUGCCGAUUGUCUAUGUGGCAGGCGGACGUGCUUACAUCUUUUUCGACAGGAAGGUAUAUUAUGAUUCGCAAGUCGACGAGAUGAAAUUCCCUUCUCAAGCGCGUGGUGCGAAACCUGUCAAGUUGCUGGUAUUUCUUGACCUUGGUGCCAGGUCGCCGGCGCCGCCGACUGGCCUUUCCGAGGGAAACCGAAUCAUUAUACAAGCAUCUUCUCCGAACAACGCCCACGCAUCCUGGCUUAAACACAAGUACCACGUUAGACUCGCGAUUCCAACUUGUUGGACUAAGACGGAACUCAUUGAUAAUUUCGUUUCUUCAGAUCCUUAUCACAAACAGUUUUUGGAUCGCCUACGCGACUACUUAGGUGGUCAAGAGCUAGGCACAAAUGAUGUCGCUGUCACGUACGCCAAGGACCUUCUCGAAAACAAAUACCAGGAUGCGCGGUCGAACACAUUCGACGAAGGUGAAUCUGAAGCGUACGCGAUCGCACAACGCCUUUCGUCCUGUCCGGAAUUGAAGGGUUUGGACGAACGUGACAUCCUGUCUUUGCUUAUAGACAAUGCCAUAUACCAUGUUGGAUGGCCGGCUCGCGACGUUUAUCAGUAUAUUGCCAGAGACCCGUCUGACAGAGAUAUCUCUAUGGCUUUCUUGGAAUGUGAUUGGGAUGCAUUGGCCGAGGACUUGAGGUGGUCCAGCGAGAGUCACUGCUUGGACAGGGUUCCUUACCAGAUAAUGAUUGUACACACAGGUCCUUCCGAAGAAUUUGAAGAUCGCGAUAAAGUCAUCGUCCGUCCACAGGUCUGGUACUGUAGGUUCAAGUCUGUUUAUAUUGCCGAGCGGGCGCUGGAGUGCUUUGCCAAAAUGCAGCACAGAACUCUAGUCGACACCUUUAUAUUGUACUACAAGCUCACAAACAGUCGGAUGUUGGCCGGAUGGAUGCUUGAAGCAAUUUUCCGCCGUCAUCUCCAAUCCAUCACGGAGCCGAUUCCUCUGUGUGUCAUGCGGUUGAAAGCUGCGACGAAAGCCAAUGAUAUCAGCCGUACUUUCACGACGGGAGAAACGCCAAGUUAUGCUGAUGAUGCUAACCUCAACGCGACGGGGGUCGAUAUCAGAUCGUUUCUUCCGCAUACAUUCAAAGAUGGGAACUUUCCGAAAAAUAUCUUCACUUUCUCACAGGAGAAAAAGACGCCUUUUCUCGACGGUGUACUGAUCAAAGACGGUGCAGGGAAUGCCCAGUCCAGCUUGAUGUGGAUAUUUCAGAUCACGCUCCCGACGAGCCAUGGCGGUUCCCUGAGGGCGAUGAAGGUACUGGAGGCGUUAAGGAACUCGUUGGAUCCAAAGCCGAACAAGCUCCGUUAUCUGUUGAUUCACCCCAGCAUUGACGGCCGCAAGCCGCCUGUGGAGUGGACUAUACCUGAUGGUUGGGUGACGGGGCAGGUAUACUGUUUCUAUGUUCCGAUUAGUUCUUGCUCUCUGGAUUCUGUGGUCACGAAGAAACGGAAAUUGAGCACAAGUGGUCGCUCGUCUCCAUCUCACAGUGCCUCAGGUUAAUUGCACUCUAUGGUCCUAUCGCCUUCCCGAUCCUAUAGCUUUUCCCAUGUCGAUGGGGUUCUUGAACUCUUGACACUUCUCCUACUCUUCUGCAUGUAUUGAGCCAUCGACUCCUGUAUCCUACAAGUGGUUUAUACAAUGCUACUUGUAACUCAUGUUGAAGCAGUUUUCGAUACCUUUUUGUAAAUUUGUGUCAGUCACUCCGAGAGCCGAGAGCCAGGCUUCGGGGCCGCGG